UUCACAGUAAUCAUGGGUCUGGGUGCCACUACAGUGAAGCAUCUGCUGCUCUUGCUUAACUUUGUGUAUUCCGUGCUCGGUCUGGUGCUGAUCGCCUUCGGAAUUUUCUUUUUGAUCUCCGCCGCCGAGAAUGCUGUCAGCAUUGGUGAAAAUGUGGCCGGCGGCCUCAUCAUUGCCCUGGGCGUUGUCAUCCUGAUCAUUGCCAUCUUCGGCUGCCUGGCCGCCAUACACGAGGCUCCUGUUAGGCUCUUGAUCUAUGUAGGUGCCGUGGUGCUGCUGAUCCUCUCCCAGCUGCUCUUCCUCAGCAUGGCCUCUCACGGCACCAAGGACGGAAUCUCGGGCAGCAUCAACGAGGGCUUCGACCGCCUCUGGGAGUCGGAACGCAACGAGACGGGAGCCCUGGCCUACUACGAGACCUGGCUGCAGUGUUGCGGUGUCAAUAGUUCAGAGGACUACUGGAUCAUCCAUCAUGGAAUACCCAAUAGCUGCUGCUUGGACAACAAAUGCCUGGACACACAGAGCAGGGUCUUCAAGACCGGCUGCAAGGCUGAGUUCAUCAAGUAUCUGGACGAUAAGUUGCUGGUGUUUAAGAUCGUCUGUUGGCUGCUCGUCAUCGGAGAGGCUGUGGGAGCUGUUUUCGGUUGGCUGCUCUACAGCAGCGUCAAGAACCAGAGUCGACGCAAUAAUGCCGUCUGGAUGUAAAUCGUUAUCUAAGUCAUCUAAGUAUUAGUUAAUGAUAAACUUUAAGCUGGUUUUCUAAUCAAUUGUUAAAAUUUGAAAAUAACAACUGUUUACUAAUGAGUUGGUAACCCAGUAAAUCUGUUUCAAAAUUAAGUAA